AGAGGGAGAGGCUAAAGAAGCGCAGGGGUGCAGUUAACACCACGGCAGCGUCCCUUCCUCCAACAGCUUCUUUCACUGUUUGCGUCAUGGCUGCCUUAUCCCAAAUGGCGGCGAUGGCCUCUCCGGGCUUGGCCUACCCUCUCAAUCUCCCCUCUUCCCGUACUCGUCGCCGCAAUUUCUCCACUUCCUCCGCCACUGCCCCAUUCCUCCCUAACUUCUCUACCUCCUCCACCAUCCAAUCCACGCUCGCCCCUCUCUCAUCAUCCUCCUACGCCUCCCCUUCCAAACCCCCCAAACCCAUUCACCAAAAAUCCGAUACUCGCCCCCACUCUACUAGUCCCCUCGACUACGUUCUUAAAACCUCGUUCGUCCUUGGCACCAGUGUCGGCGCCACCGUCCUCGGCGCCACUGUCCUCGGGGCUACUGCCCACAUUUUCCUUGGCGGCGGCGGCGGGAAUUCCAACUCCGGAGGCGGAGGCGGUGGUGGAGGAGGCGGGAGCGCCGGAGAGGGUGGUGAUUUCUGGUCCCGGCUUUUCUCCCCGAAGCCGGCGAUAGCCAAGGACGACGAACCAUCUCAGGAUUGGGACUCUCAUGGCUUGCCGGCCAACAUUACAAUCCAGCUCAGCAGGCUUAGCGGAUUCAAGAAAUACAAGGUCUCCGACAUCCUAUUCUUCGAUCGCCGCCGCGGGUCAACUACAGAAGGGACGGAGGAUUCCUUCUUUGAAAUGGUUACCAUUCGCCCGGGUGGGGUCUACACGAAAGCCCAGCUCCAAAAAGAGCUUGAAACUCUUGCGGGCUGUGGGAUGUUCGAAAAAGUUGACUUGGAUGCCAAAACAAAUCCGGAUGGAACAAUUGGGCUCACUAUAUCAUUCUUGGAGAGUACUUGGCAAUCUGCGGAUAGGUUUAGGUGCAUAAAUGUGGGGUUAAUGCAGCAGUCGAAGCCGAUUGAAAUGGACCCGGAUAUGACUGAGAAGGAGAGGAUAGAAUUCUACAGGAGUCAAGAGCAAGAUUAUAGGAGGAGGAUGCAAAAGGCGAGGCCCUGUUUGUUGCCAACGCCGGUGCAAAGGGAGAUCUUACAGUUGUUGAGGGAGAAAGGUGCUGUGAGCGCGAGGCUCCUGCAGAAGAUUAGGGAUCGCGUGCAGCAAUGGUACCAUGAGAAUGGCUAUGCCUGCGCCCAAGUAGUAAAUUUUGGAAAUUUGAAUACCAGGGAGGUGGUUUGUGAGGUGGUGGAAGGAGAUAUCACGCAGUUGGUCAUUCAGUUUCAGGAUAAGUUGGGCAAUGUCUGCGAAGGAAAUACUCAGCUGGCUGUCGUCAGAAGGGAUUUGCCCCGGCAGCUACAGAAGGGGCAAGUGUUUAAUAUUGAAGCUGGAAAACAAGCAUUGAGGAAUAUCAAUUCUUUAGGCCUAUUCUCCAAUAUUGAGGUUAAUCCACGUCCUGAUGAGAAGAACGAGGGAGGGAUCAUUGUCGAAAUCAAAUUAAAGGAAUUAGAGCAGGCAUCAGCUGAAGUUAGCACAGAAUGGAGCAUAGUUCCUGGACGGGGAGGUCGUCCUACGUUGGCUUCAAUCCAGCCUGGUGGAACAGUAUCUUUUGAACAUAGGAAUAUCAAAGGCCUAAAUAGAUCACUUCUUGGUUCAGUCAACACAAGCAACUUACUAAAUCCUCAGGAUGAUCUGGCUUUCAAGCUCGAGUACGUUCAUCCAUACUUUGAUGGUGUAUAUAACCCUCGUAACCGUACUUUCCGUGCUAGCUGCUUCAACAGCAGAAAGUUGAGCCCAGUCUUCACAGGUGGGCCAGGCAUAGAUGAAGUCCCACCUAUAUGGGUUGAUCGAGCUGGAGUUAAGGCCAACCUUACUGAGAACUUCACUCGCCAGAGCAAAUUCACCUAUGGUCUUGUUUUCGAAGAGAUUACAACACGUGAUGAAGCCAGUCACAUCUCUUCUCACGGUCAAAGGGUCCUUCCUAAUGGAGGAAUUAGUGCAGAUGGACCUCCAACAACAUUAAGUGGAACUGGCAUUGACCGCAUGGCAUUUGUACAAGCUAAUAUAACACGGGAUAAUACCAAGUUCAUGAAUGGGGCAAUAGUUGGGGAAAGGAAUGUAUUCCAGCUUGACCAAGGACUUGGUAUCGGCAGUAAGUUCCCAUUCUUUAACCGUCACCAGUUGACAUUAACACGAUUUAUCCAGUUAAAGGAAGUGGAAGAAGGUGCUGGUAGGCCACCACCGCCUGUCUUAGUUCUGCAUGGCCAUUAUGGUGGUUGUGUAGGCGAUCUGCCAAGUUACGAUGCUUUUACGCUUGGUGGACCUUAUUCAGUAAGGGGUUACAACAUGGGAGAGAUAGGCGCCGCUCGAAAUAUUCUUGAGUUCGCUGCUGAGCUACGGGUACCUGUGAGGAAUACACAUGUUUAUGCAUUUGCAGAACACGGAAAUGAUCUUGGAAGUUCAAAGGAUGUGAAAGGAAAUCCAACAGAGGUUUAUCGGCGGAUGGGUCAUGGUUCCUCUUAUGGUGUUGGAGUUAAGCUAGGUUUAGUACGAGCAGAAUAUGCAGUUGAUCAUAACUCUGGAACUGGAGCCUUGUUCUUCCGGUUUGGUGAGAGAUUCUGAGACAUUUCGGUUCUGGUUCUCACUGACACACAUAUUGCUGCGUCGGAAUUUACAAAUUUUGGGUUUGAGCUGCAUAGGACUUUGGCUAUCCAGUUAGACUGGUUUCUGCAACUGGGAAAAUUCAGCAGAGACAGUAUAUUAGACAAAUGCAAGUAUUGUAGUACUAUUUUAACUUUUGAGGAUUCAUUGACAGUUGAGGAUGUGAGUUUGUGCCUUAAUAUAUGCGUUGCAAGUUGUUUUUACUUCCGCACA